UCAGUCUUUGACAGCUGCAUGAUGCGACACUGGGCUCCUGUUUGGUCAGCCUGAAUUCUUUCUGACUUUAUGAGGGCUCUAUAUUUAGAGGGGCGGACUUAAAUUGAAGGGGGUUUGUGUUGGAGCUCUGUGUUAUUUCAGCCUCUUUCAACUGAGACGGCAAGACAAGAGGAAGUACAGCAUCCUCUUCAAGACCUGCAACAUUUGAGAUGGAGCCCGUGAGUAUCAAGGAGGACCUGAGGCUCUUUCAGAGCACCCUGCUCCAGGACGGUUUGAAGGAGCUUCUGAAGGAGAACAAGUUUGUGGAUUGUAUUCUGAAGGCUGGAGACCGGUGUCUGCCCUGCCACAGACUCAUCAUGGCUGCAUGCAGCCCGUAUUUCCGAGAGCUGUUCUUUACUGAAGAUGGUGUUGAGAAGAAAGACUCCAGCAGGGAAGUAGUGCUGGAGAACGUGGAUCCCACUAUUAUGGACAUGAUUGUGAACUAUCUCUAUUCGGCAGACAUCGAAAUCACAGAUGAGAAUGUACAAGACGUCUUCGCAGUCGCCAACAGAUUCCAAAUCCCAUCGGUGUUCACCAUUUGCGUCAACUAUCUACAAAACAAGCUUUCUUUGGCCAACUGCUUGGCCAAUUUCAGAAUGGGACUGGUUUUGAACUGCCCUAGACUUGCUAUAGCCGCUAGGGACUUUAUAGCAGAGCGUUUUGAGACUUUAUCCAAGGAUGAGAACUUUCUUGACUUCGACGCUCCCGAGUUGUUCGCUAUCAUCGGGUGCGAUGCUCUAAACGUGGAAAAAGAAGAGGUCGUGUUCGAGCUCUUGAUGAGAUGGGUCCGGAAGAACAAGGAGAACCGGACGAAAGCAUUGGGAGAUGCCUUCGAUCACAUCCGUUUCCGAUUACUACCUGAGAAAUACUUCAAGGAGAAGGUGGAAAAGGACGACAUCAUCAAGGCCGACCCUGAGCUCGCCAAGAAGCUGAAGGCCAUCAAAGAGGCGUUUGCUGGAAAACUUCCACAAGAUAAGGAGGGCGAGAAUGGCGAAGAGGGGGGAAAAGUCUUGCCUGGUUAUCUCAAUACCAGCAAACGGCUGGGGAUGUUCAACAGGGAUCUCAUCCUGAUGGUAAACGACACGGCGGCUGUGGCCUAUGAUGCUGAUGAAAACGAAUGCUUCCUUGCAGCCAUGGCAGAGCAGAUACCUCGAAAUCAUGUUAGCAUCACGUCGAAGAAGAACCUGCUCUAUGUUUUGGGAGGACUGUUUGUUGAUGAAGACAAGGAAUCCCCACUGCAGUGCUAUUUCUACCAGCUGGACACUCAUUCUCCAAACUGGAUCGCCCUGCCACCGAUGCCAUCGCCCAGAUGUCUGUUUGCCGUGGGGGAGUUUGAAAACCUCUUGUUUGCAGUUGCUGGUAAAGACCUGCAGAGCGAGGAGUCUCUGGACUCAGUGCUGUGUUAUGAUGUCGAUAAGAUGAAGUGGCAGGAGACCAAAAAACUGCCCUUAAGAAUUCACGGUCACAGUGUGAUCUCACAAAACGGACUAGUUUACUGCAUAGGAGGAAAGACGGAUGAGAAUAAAACCAUCAACAAGAUGUUUGCAUACAACCACAAAAAGUCCGAAUGGAAAGAGCUGGCGGCCAUGAAGACACCCAGGUCCAUGUUUGGAGCUGUAGUCCACAAAGGAAAGAUCAUUGUGGUUGGAGGGGUCAAUGAAGACGGCCUUUUAUCCUCUAGUGAAGCCUAUGACUUUGGGACGAACAAAUGGGAGCCGUUCUCUGAGUUUAUGCAGGAGAGAAGUUCUGUGAAUUUGGUCAGUUCUGCUGGUGUCCUGUAUGCUGUGGGUGGCUUCGCGGUGCAGGAGAACGAGGACAAACAGUGUGUCCCAUCAGAAAUCACUGACAUCUGGCAGUAUGAGGAGGACAAGAAACAGUGGACUGGAAUGAUACGAGAGAUGCGAUACGCUGCCGGCGCCUCCUGCGUUACUAUGAGAUUAAACACAGCAAAAAUGCCUAAACUUUAAAACAUCAUAACCACUUUUUAUAGUUUGUAUCCAAUAGCAAAGUGUAACUAUAUUUUAAAGCAGCAAAACCAACAACAAGAACCAAACAUUUACUAUAUUUACUAUAAUGCACAUUCCCCGUCUUUGAAAGUUUUAAUCAAAAUGAAUUGCAACUAAAACAAAUUCAUUUUGAUGCUAACAUUACAAACUAUUCAUCCCUCUUCUUUAACAUAGUAAAAUGUAUAGUGAAUGAUGUCUCAUGUUGACUUUAAGAGUAAAAAUAACCACAUAUUUAAAUUUCAUGUUAGGUUGUGUUGUGAAAUGUGGUGCAGUUUCUACAAUGGAUGCCAAAAUAAUAAUAAUAAAAAAAAGUGUUAUCCAUACACACCUCUUUUCUUUUAUAUACGAUGCAUAAUAAAUACAUAUUUAAAGGCAAA